CCAUGUUUGGUUUUUUUUGAUGAAAUCGACGCUAUUACUCCCAAAAGAGAUGGAGGUGCACAGCGUGAGAUGGAACGACGGAUCGUGGCUCAGCUGCUCACUUCGAUGGACGAGCUUUCGCUCGACAAAACCGACGGAAAGCCUGUGAUUAUUAUUGGUGCCACCAACCGUCCAGACUCUCUGGACACAGCUCUCAGAAGAGCAGGACGAUUCGAUAGAGAAAUUUGCAUAAAUGUUCCAAAUGAACAUGCGCGGCUCAAAAUUCUCGAGAGCAUGGUCAGGAAUCUGAGAAUCAGCGGAGAGCUUGAUCUUCUUUCGAUAGCCAAGAUGACGCCAGGAUUUGUGGGUGCGGAUUUGAAGGCGCUGGUGACGGCCGCAGGUAUUUCUGCCAUCAAGAGAAUUUUUACCUCUUUGAGCGAGGAAGACGAGAAAAAGCUGCUUUUGGAAGGGGUGCAAUUGCAACAGGAGGAGAACAAGGAGGAUGGGAUGGAGCUUGACGAGAACCCAGAAGAGCUUCUGCAGAAAAGCAACGAGCAACCGCAGUUUAGCAAGCUCUCUAUAAUUCAAAAAUUCCUCAUCAAGCACCCUACAGCACUGACUCCAGAGCAGCUGGCAUCUUUGUGCAUAGAACACCAAGAUUUUGUGACGGCUCUGCCUCAAAUCCAACCGUCUGCUAAAAGAGAAGGCUUUGCCACCAUUCCAGAUGUCACGUGGGCGAACGUGGGUGCUCUGGCGAACGUGCGGGUGGAGCUCCACAUGGCCAUUGUGCAGCCUAUCAAACGGCCGGAAAUAUACGAGAAAGUUGGUAUUACGGCGCCAGCAGGCGUGCUUAUGUGGGGUCCUCCUGGUUGCGGUAAAACACUGCUGGCUAAGGCCGUCGCCAACGAGUCGAAGGCCAAUUUCAUUUCUGUCAAAGGACCAGAGCUUCUCAAUAAGUACGUUGGUGAGUCCGAGCGCGCGGUCAGACAGGUGUUCACUCGUGCAAGAGCUUCAGUUCCAUGUAUAAUAUUUUUCGACGAGCUGGACGCAUUGGUGCCAAAAAGAGAGUCAUCACUGAGCGAGGCGAGCUCGAGAGUUGUCAACACUCUGCUCACAGAACUGGACGGCCUCAAUGAUAGAAGAGGUAUUUUUGUCAUUGGAGCCACCAACAGACCAGACAUGAUCGAUCCAGCAAUGCUGCGUCCCGGAAGACUUGACAAGACGCUUUAUAUUGAGCUUCCUAAUGCUGCUGAGAGACUGGAAAUUCUCAAGACCUUGAUUGCCUCCAACGGAACGCCUUUGGAUUCCAGCGUCGACUUGGCUGUCGUGGCGCACGAUGAGCGGUGCCGCAACUUUUCUGGUGCAGAUCUCUCGUCGUUGGUCCGUGAGGCAGCAUCAGCAUUGGAGACGAGUCUAUUGAGGAAUUACAUAUCGACGAUGACGUUGUGGUGACAAGUGACGAUUUUGAAAAGGCACUGGAUAGCGUGAAGCCGUCUGUGAGCGACAGGGACCGCCUGAAAUAUGAGCGUCUUAAUCAGAGAAUGGGAUGGAGCCAGGCCAACGUGGUGGAGCAGGACACGUAGUUCUCAUACUCACUCUUUUCUGAAUGGUGGAUCAGGCAUAGGUGUAUAGUUCUGGUCGUACAGAUGAUCUCUAGUUUGCAGUCCUUUGUACUUUAAUGACGUGAUAUCGACCAUAUCCUCAUUGAGCUCGCUGAUAGAGCUAACUCCCAGCAAUUUCAUGUCCCUGAUCAUUUCGGUCUUGAGGAUUUGGAUCGCUUUUUGAACCCCUUCUUCACCAUAGCUAGCCAAUGAGUACAAAAAUGGUCUUCCCAGGCCGACGCCUGAAGCUCCCAAACAGAGAGCUUUGAUAAUGUCCGAGCCCCUUCUGAUUCCCCCAUCAAUAAAUAGCUCGAAGUUCUUGUCCAGUCCUUUCUCCCUGAGAAGCUGCUUGCUCUCAGCGAGUAUCUCGAUUGGAGGCAUGGCAAAAUCAAGCUGACGACCACCGUGGUUCGAGAUCAGGGCACCUGCAAGACCAGCCUCAGCUGCCUUAAGCACAUCAUUCUUGUUCAAAACACCCUUCAGCACAAUAGGAAGCUUGGUCAUCUGCUGGAUUUGUUUCAUAUGGUCCCAGGUAAGACUGAAGUACUUGACAUCGGAAUGGGCAUACACAUCGAGAGCCUCUGUCGAUUCAGAAUCAAUCCGUGCUCUAAUCUUGCUGUCUUUUUCACGAUUACCGAGGGCAUUGAGGUCGACAUUGAUGAAAACGGCUUUAAUAUUGGGCAUACUUUCCAGUUUUUUGAAAAACUCGGGAGCCUCGUCAAACUGUUUUUGGUUAUAGAAGUGCAACUGAUAAAAGUUCUGCUGUCCCGGUUUCAAGCCAGCACAAUAUUCCUCCACUGGGAACGAUAACUGGAAUGGAAUUAAGUGAAUGAUGUUUUCCAGCCCAGCAGCGUUGCGGAGACCCCUUUCUGCCAUGGGAUGGGCUGAGGGAGAGCCGGCAAAUGCGGUGAUGUAGAAUGGCGCAGAGAGUUUGGUGCCCAGGAUUUCUGUAUCCAAUGAGCAGUUGCUGCUAUCAAUCAAGCAUUGAGGUCUGAAGAAAAUUCUGCUGAAGGCAUAGUGAUUUUCCCGCAAGGAAAUCUCGUCGUCGGAGCCGGUGGAGUAGUAUCCCCAGAUUCCUUCAGGCAGAACUUUUUUCGCAACACUCUCGAAAUCUGUCAGGGAGUAUAUGGUGGAAAGCGGAGGCUUGUUGGCAAUGGCCUCUUGCCGUUCUCUUUCUUUUCGGUCCUCUUCAUCCUCGUCGUCAUCGUCGUCAUCCAAGAGAACUAUGCGUUUUUUCUUUCUUGAGUCGCUGAACAGAGGGCUCGAGUUGGUUGCCAACAGGGUGGCGCCUAAGGCCAUUCCCGACAUCGGAACUACCCAUCUGGAUAAACCUCUGCGGGAAAAUUGUCUAAGAGUAC